CUCGGGCUUUUCAUCUCUGUCCAACUCAUAUACUCGUUUACAUCAACUUUUUUAUUCUUUCGAAUUGAGACUAGUCUUAGAUUUCGCUUUAGUCUCUAGUUGGUCUGUUGGAUUUAUUAUUGGUUGCAUUUAGCGCGAGAAAACUGUAAAUUUCUUAUAGAGAUAUUCUAUAGUUUAUAUUUUUGAAAAUCAUGAGUGGGCUUCGAUUAUAUUCCAUUUGAUGCUGAUGAUUACUACGAUAGUAGUAAUGACGAGGAAGAUUUAAAUGAUUUUUCUAACAAUCAAUAUGAGAUUUCUAAAAGUAAAUUUCAUAAAUUAGAUGAUUUCUUGGAAAAUGAAGCAGCUCAUGAUUGUCUCGAAAUACAGAUAUGUAUUAGUAAAAUAGAAAUGCUAUUAGCUAUAAUAAAAUUUUAUAAAAAAUAUCAUGUACUAAACGCAGGAUUAGUAGAUAUGUUUAAAAUGCAAAAUAUGUUGUGAUGGUAAACGUCAAAUUAGCGCUAAUAAUCUAACCUAAUUGCUGCCUGCGGGGCCAGCACCUACCGGGGAGACGAAAAACGUAACGAAGGAAUUCGGCACGCGAGCAGACCGAACGCGCGCGAUUGAAAUUGAACCAGUGAGGGACUAACCAUCAUCACGCUCGCCCGUAUAUACGAGACUAGUUACCGAUACGUGAGCCAGAGAUCGAACUAUACAAUCGGAGUGUCCGAAUUAGAGCCGAACACCAGCGACCGCUGCCACUGAGUGCUGACCUGAGCCAGCUGAAGGCCAUUGUACCGGCGACAUUGAACAGUGUGUGUGUGUGAGGCUACGCCAUCGAGGGCGAAGCCACGUGCGCGCGAGUUCGUGAUCCGCGACACGAACUAACAAACAGAUCGCUUUCACGCAGUGUGACUUGUCACCGAGAUCUUCGUGCGUCUGCCGAAUAAAGGAUUUGCUUGGGUUACAUUAGCAACUAAUGACACAUAUGCUUUGGGUGCAUUGGUUUUGGCUCAUUCUCUACGCCGUGUAAACACACAAUAUGAUCUGAUAGUCCUUGUUACACCAGGUGUCACUCAAUUCAUGAAAGUAAAAUUAUCGGCAGUAUUUACGUUGACUCGAGAAGUUAAUAUAUUAGAUUCGAAAGAUGAAGCUAAUCUUAAUGUCCUGCAAAGGCCAGAAUUAGGUAUUACAUUCACUAAAUUGCACUGUUGGAAACUGACGGAUUAUGAAAAAUGUGUUUUCCUAGAUGCAGAUACUCUUGUAAUUAACAACUCUGACGAUUUGUUUAUUUACGAGGAAUUUUCAGCGGCACCAGAUGUUGGCUGGCCAGAUUGUUUUAACUCGGGAGUGUUUGUAUUCAAACCAUCUGAGAAGACAUUUAAUGAUUUGAUAAAAUUUGCUUCAGUUCAAAGAUCAUUCGAUGGUGCUGAUCAGGGUUUAUUAAAUAUGUAUUUUGACGAUUGGGCGCAUAAGGAUAUAUCAAAACAUCUGCCUUUCAUAUACAAUACAUGUACUACUGCAACUUAUUCAUACUUUUCUGCGUUUCUACAAUACUGGAGAGAUAUAAAAAUCAUACACUUUAUUGGAACUACAAAACCAUGGCUGUUACGCGUAGAUUCAAUUCAUGGCAAUAUAGAAAUACCGGAUGGUUUUGAUCACUUACAACAAUUUCUGCAAUUGUGGUGGAGCAUAUUUCAUGAAAAUGUACAACCCGAACUUACACAAGUUAUAACUGGCUUGGCCGGGACUCUAUCUAAGUUGAAUAUAACUGGUUGUCUGAUGAAUCAACAGAUAGCUAUCGAAGAUCAAAUGAGGAAACAAAAUUGGGAACAGGGUGAAAUAGAUUUCAUGGGUCAAGAUAGUUUUGAUAACAUUUUGAAAAAAAUAAACGACACGCUUUAUUCAGUUUCACAAAAGCAAUAUUACCCACGAAAGGAAACUGAAGAACAGUAAAUUAUUCCAGAAGAAUUAUAUACUCGAAAAAUACAGAAAGAAGUGAAAAAAACGAUAUAAAUAAUUUUUAGAUUGAAUAUAUAACAUAAAUUCAUUGAUGUUAACACAGAAAUUGAAUAUUUAAUAAUAAAUAUAUAUCAGAAA